AUGUGGCUUUCUCGUCUUCGCCUUUUAUCGUUAUCCUAUUUUAAGCCUUAUCGAUCAAUGAGUACCCUCAAACCUAUUUCGACUCCAAACGCGCCUAGUGCGAUUGGCCCUUAUUCUCAAGCCAUAGUUGCAAAUGGUUUUGUGUUUGCAUCUGGUCAAAUCCCUAUCGUACCUGAAACAAGUCAAAUCGUUAGCGAUGAUGUUAAAGAACAAACGCGACAAGUAAUCAAAAAUCUUUCAAAUGUAUUGCAAGAAGCUAAUUCUUCGCUUUCUCAAGUGGUUAAAACCACCGUGUACAUUAAAAACAUGAAUGAUUUUAGUGCUAUUAACGAAGUUUAUGCUGAAUGCUUUGGGGAUCAUAAACCGGCUCGCGCAACUGUAGAAGUCGCUCGAUUACCAAAAGACGUCAAAGUUGAGAUUGAUGGUAUUGCGGUUCAUUCGUAUUCUUCUCGUUCUCGUUUUAUUUGCUCGAAAAAAAUGGAAUUUUUUAGCAGAGGAUAUAAAGGAUUAUUGGGUGAAAAAGGGCAACCUCAAUCCGUGGAGAUUACAAUUUCAAAAUUAUGUGAUCGCGCAAGCAAUUCUACAUUACUCGAAGACAGACGUGCUGCUAUUCUGGGCUUGAAAGGACUUUCGCGGGAAUAUCGACUUGAAGUGGGCGAAAAAGGCCUCGGUGCUCUUUUACAUAUCUUAAACGAGGAUCGAGCCGAUAUAGACACGACAAAAGCGAUUCUUGAAAUUUUAAAUAUUUUAUGCACUCCGGACGGACAACAGGAUCCUACUGUUGAUCUGGGCGUUAGAUUCACGGACGAAAUCGUGCAUGAUUCUGCUAAUAUAAAUUUACUCUUGGAUAUUUUGCAAGAAUAUGAUUUUUAUGUUCGUUUUCAUAAUAUUCAGUUAUUGGGAACUUUACUUUCUAUUAGACCAGACCGUGUGCAAGACUGCAUAUUAACUGCACCAAUGGGUAUUUCGCGCUUGAUGGAUCUGUUAGAAAAUUUACUUUUACUCAUUGCCCUUACCGAGAAUAAUGCUGAUAUUCAAAAAAUUGUUGCAUUUGAGAAUGCAUUUGAGAGGCUUUUAGAAAUAAUUGCAGAAGAAGAUGGUUUAAGUGGUGGAAUCAUUGUUCAAGAUUGUAUGCAACUAAUACAUAACUUGUUAAGGUAUAAUGUUUCAAAUCAGAAUUUUUUUCGUGAAACAAGUUGCAUACAACGUAUACCGGCAUUAUUAGGCUCCUCUCUAGAUUAUAAACACAAAAAUUAUGAAAUUGAGUUUUUGGUUCAAGAAUGGCAGGAACAAAAAGUUACCAAUACUGUUGCUUUAUUAGAAUUGAUUCGAAUAUUAGUAGUACCUAAUAAUAUUAAUACUCUAAAUAAUCAGAAUGUUAUGGCUCAAUGUGGGGUAUUGAAAACGGUAGUUGAACUAGCCUUAUCUUCGAAUGCACCUUCAUCAGUAAAAGCCCAUUCUCUAUACGCUUUGGCAGAUCUUAUACGCGGAAAUAGUUCCAAUCAAGAAUUUUUAGCACGAACAGUUGUCACAGUUCCGUAUUCACCUCAACGUUCGAAUUCCACACAGAAUUCAACACCUGACUCACAUAACCGAUCUUCACACGAGCAAAUUCCAACUCUUCCUCCACGUCCCACGGUUAUGGCAAUUAUUGCCGUCGCUGUUGGGGCUGAGCAUAUAGAAAGUUAUACAACUCGGGCUGCAGCUACAUAUGCUUUUGAGUGUUAUACAUAUAAUAAUCCCAAUGCACAAGCUGCAUUGGCAUCUACAUUGACUCCUCCUCCUGAUGAUAAUCCUAAUUCGAAUAUGAACACAGCUAAACCUCAGUCGGCUGGUUCACUGUUACUCUCAGCUCUUUUGGAAUGGGAAGAUUCGGAGGCAGAUCCAUAUGUAGUAUGGUUCUCGUCCGUUAUUUUUUCCCAUAUUCUUAUGAACAAUGAAAAGCCUAAAGAAUUAGCUCGAGGAAUUAUGAUCGGUGAAGAUAGUGUAGAUGGUCAUAUUCCUUUGCUGCACUCUAUUGUAGGAAAUUUAAUAUUGGCAACAAGACAAAAUGCGGACGUAAGGGUCUUGAUUGGAUACCUAUGCGUUCUUUGCAUUUGGUUGUGGGAUAGUCCACAAAGUGUUAAAGAGUUUCUAUCGAAAGAUACUCAUUUGCAAAUUCUAAUUGGGCCUAUAACUCAAUCUUCUGGUGUGGAUUCAAGAGUACAAGGCUUAUGCGCGUUUUUGCUAGGUAUUUGUUAUGAGUUUAACCAUUCAUUGGAUUCUCCAGUCACAAGAACAACUCUUCAACCAAUUUUACUCAAUCGUAUUGGCGCUGAUCAAUUCGUGAAUCGUAUUACGCGACUAAGAGAAGCACCUCAUUUUAAGCAUGUCCCACAAUAUAUACUGGUUUCGCCAGAAGAAGAAGCUAGAGGAUUACCAGAAUUAUAUUUUGAAUAUGCAUUUGUUGAAUUUUUCCAAAAUAAUUAUGAAAAAAUUCAAAGAUCUAUUAUAGCUGAUCCUAAAUUAGCAUCCGGAGCAGGAAACGAUUUUCAAGGUGAUCAUGAUUCUUCAGUGAUUCUAUCUUUUAAGUCUGUUAUACAAACUCAAGAGCAAGAAAUUACUGAGCUAAAAGAAACGAUAAGACAACUUGCAGAACAGUUAGAAAUUCAGAAAUCAUCUUCAGAACAAGUAUCUUCAUUGCAAGAAGAAAUACAAUCGCUGAAGCAAACUAUAGAAACUCAAAAAUCAGAUCGUAUAAAAUUAGAAAAAGAACAUGAUGAUUUACUUGCUUGUCUUGCAGAUCAAGAUGCAAGUAUUAAAAAGUAUAGAGGAAGAUUGGUUGAACUUGGAGCUGAA